UUUAUAUCAUAAAUCCUAUUUCGAUAACAGAGGCUUCAUUACAGAUGUAAAUUAUGCCAGAGAAUUGGCUUUGACGACUCUUUCCACUGCUUCAGUUGGACCGAGUAUCCCUGCUGAGGAACCCUGUGGCUUCCAGUGGCCCAAAGCCAGGACAAUUCAACUAAUUUCCUUGUACAAUGAACACAGGGAGAAGUUUGAAUUACCCCAAUAUACAAAUAUUCAGAUAUGGAGGAUAAUAUCAAAUAAGUUAAAUGAGGAGGGGUUUUCAGUCACUCCAGCCCAAGUUGACACCAAAUGGCGGGGACUGAAAAAAACAUUUAAAAAAAUCAAACUGCACAAUUCCCAAUCCGGUAACAACCGGAAACAUUGGGAAUUUUUUUCUUUAAUGGACGAUGCAAUUGGGAGACGGCCUGAAAUUUCCCCUGUUGCUACUUGUAGCAACACAGAUGGAGUGAGAGUAAAUUCACACUCAAGUUCCACUCCAUCAUCCCCAUCUCCUGUUGCCUGCGUGUCAUCCCCGUCAGGUCCUGUUGCCUGCGUGUCAUCCCCGUCUCCUGUUGCCUGUGUGUCAUCCCCAUCAGGUCCUGUUGCCUGCGUGUCAUCCCCGUCAAGUCCUGUUGCCUGCGUGUCAUCCCCGUCAAGUCCUGUUGCCUGUACAUCAUCAUCAUCCGCAACCAGUUCUCGUAAGAGAAAAAGAGAAAGCAGCGAGUUGGUGAAAGCGUUAAAUGACAUACGAAGAGAAAUACAGGAGAGGAGGGAGGAGAGGAAGAAAGAGCGUGAAAAGCUCCAUGAAGUACUAAACAAAAUUUUAGAAAAAUUAUGAAUAAAGUUCUUUUUAUAUUGAAAACAAAAAGUUUUUAUUUCAUAUGAAGUAAACAAAAACUCAU